CACCCUCACACCUCAUGUCUCCCUGCCCCUUCCUUGUCCUUGCAGCACAGCAAAGCAGCAGCACUUGCGUGGGUGGCUUGGGAUACGUGCACACGCACCAAGGAGGAAAAUCACACUCGCUCACAUCCUUGUGUGGCGCGCGUUUGAUUGACGUGUCAUCCAUCACCACCACCACCACCACCAGCGACAGCAACAACAACAAGAACACAUAACCACACCAUCACCCACCAUCGGGGCGAGCCGUAUCAAAACCUCCCCCCAGACAUCAGUAACAGCGGCGCAGCAGCGCUUGUGCUCAACGGCGCAGCAGGCGCACACACGGCUUCACAGACACAGAUGCUCAGAAUGAAUGAGCAGAGCAGCGAUGGGCUAGUUGAGCUGAGCAACACAGUCACAACAAGCGACAUGAAGCUGAGCGAUCACGCGCCACAUGCCAACGGGCUCAUGGACCAGUUUGCUGGCGCCCUCAUGCGUCACGUGCCCCGCCUCAGCCAGACUUUGGCCAUGCAACUCAGCAACGGCGGCGAGCCAACACCGAUGCAGCUGGAGCAACUGGCCAACCGCAUGAUCUCAUACGAGGGGGUGCCAACCACGGACAUCACCCACAACAACCGGGUUGUGGAAGGCUGCUUUGCUGGGAUCGAUACGACAGAGUGGCUGCUCAAUGAAGGGUUUGCCCACGAUGUCUCGGAUGCCGUCCACCUUGGCACACGUCUCUUCAAGCACGGAUACUUCUUUGGCGUCAAUCCAUCGGUGCGUGCGUUUGUCAAUGACGACACCCUGUACCGGUGGAACUCGGAGCUCCUGGACUCGUCGUCCGACGAAGACGACGAUGGAACAAGCGACAUGGAAGACUGCCUGGACGUGCUCGCCGAUCUCAACGCGCGCCACUCGUUUGAGGAGGAGCCGUACUCCCGCCGCCCAGACGCGCAGACGUCCCCACGCGCCAAGGCCAUCGUGCAUGAGGAGGCAUGUCAGAACAUCACCGUGCGCUCCAUGAGCAACGACAGUUGGAACAUUGCCGUCAACCAAGAAGUGUCCAUCACCUGCGAGCGCGUUGACGGUGUCAAAGGCAUUCUCUCAACCUCCAGGCUUGAAUCGGAUGAAGCAAGCAAUCGCAACAAGGGACGCAUCACGUGGGACUUGAGACGAAACACACUCGACCACACCUUCCACCCAGCCGACUACCAGCGUGCUUCAUGGUUUGACAUGGACCAAGCGAUGGAGGAGUGGGAAGACGAAGAGGACGACGAACGCCGCCGUCAGCUGGAGGACCGCUGGCGUGUGUUUGAGAACAACCUGCCCCCAGGCACAAAAUGUCGGGAGCGCCUGCACUACGAGCGAGAGACAGCAAAGCUCGCCAGCCUCACCCGCCGCGCACAGGAACGCGCACGUCGCGAGCGCGUGGACGUCACCCAAGAGCUCCUCGCUUACCUGCAUGCUGCUGAUCGUUUGUACAACGACCUGCUUGCAGGCAUCAUCCCCAUCUUCGACGUGACGCCAGAAGCACCAAGCACGCCCCUCUCCAUGGACGAGGAACACCAACAGCAGCAGCAGCAGCAACAACAACAACAACAACAAACACAGCAGCGCGCGGGGCUGCCACAUGAACAGGAUGUUGUGGACGAGGUGAACGACUUCUUGAAUGCAUCUUCCACCUCCACCGCCCUCAGCGCCGACGACAGCCAGGAUCUGUAUCCGCUGGCAGAGGCAGCAGAGUCACGCCAGCGCCAACACCAGGAGCACUGGUCAAACGGAGGCCCUGUGUUUGCUGCUGAAGAUGAGAGUGCAGUCAACAUCAACGGCUCUGCCCUCGUGUCCCCUGCACAAGAGGUCCCGGCAGACGUCAAGCACCUACGCUCACCGCGCACCCGUGUGGACUCCGUAACCCGCGCGGCCAAGACGUGGAAUAUGAUGAUGGCGCGAAGCAACAACGGCAGCAGCGGCAACAGCGGCAGUGGCGCCAGCGGCAGCGUGGCUGCCUCGGAACGCGCGCUGGAACUGCAGGAAGCGAACGCAUUUCAGCACCAGCGCCACGCAGGCGGGCUGGACACGUACCGACGCAUCGAGGAGCACGUGGCGCAGCGGGAGCAGGAGCGACGGCGCCAGCUGGAGAUUGAGAGGAAGCAGCAAGAGGCCGCCAUUCGCCAGGAAAUUGAACGGAAGCGGCGGGAGAGGCAGCGCAAGCGCAACUCCGCAUCGGAGGCCGUGCAGCAGGUUGCGUCCGGCUCCCCACUCGCCUCCCAUAUGCAGUCAUCCUCAGCAACAGCUUCGACAGCAGCACCCACAACAGUUGCUGGUGCUACUGCACAGCAAGCAGCGUCGGCGAGUAUUGCUCCCGCGUCACCCACAGCGUCAUCGUCAUCACCAUCGACAACCGAUGCGGCCGCAGCAGCAAAGGCCACCAGCAGCACCACAGCAACAUCAUCAUCAGCGGCAGCAGCAUCGACGUCAUCCCCACCUUCAAAGUCAAGCAAGUCUCGGCCCCGCUUUCUGAUUCUCGCUCCGCGCAGAACAAGCAAGAGCGAGGAGUCGGACGACGAAGAUAAGCAGACAACCAGCAAGCGCAGCAGCAUCGGCAGCACCAACGCGAGGAACAGCAUGAGCGUUGAUGACGAUGGCGAUGGUGAUGGCGACAACAGCGAUACUGAAUCAUCCAGCACGCGCCGUCGUUCAUCCACGUCCUGGUUCCUCCGCAAGUCCUUCCGCCGCUUCUCUAGUUCAAGCGAUGACGAUGCAGGCAGUAAGGACAAGAAGCAGGGCAAGAAGGACGACAAGGAACGACAGCGUGGCGCGUACGGCAAGUCUGGCCGCUUGGAAACCCUUCACGAGGAAGAGCCAACGCCAACAUUCUCCGAUGAAGCAGCUGCAGCCGCCACCACCACCAGCAACAGCAACGGUAGCAGCAAGGCCGCUGAAGGCCGCUCUCGCGGUGGCCGCCUGAGCGAUCUCAUUCGUAUGUUUGAGCGUGGCGGCUCGAAGCGCUCCAGCGUCAAUCGGCAACGCCGCACAGCGGGCACAACUGCCCAGUCCAAGGACAGCAGCAACAGCAAAGGCGCAGCCAAUGAAGCUUCAAGUGCAAACGCAGCUGCUUCUUCUUCCUCCUCCUCCUCGUCGUCCUCGUCUGCAGCACCAAACGAAUCCCGUUCGCGUGAUCGUGAUCGCUCCGGCAGCAUGUCGCGGUCCAUUCGCAAGCUCUUCUCCAAGCGCCGCAGCACGGCCACUGAUGACUCAUCCAGCACCGCCACGUCCCCGGCAUCCUCAGCGCCGCCGUCGCCAGCUGCGAAAACGAAGCGUGGGCCCUCACCACCCUCAUCUGCUACGCCGCCGCCGCCACCACCUCCAAUGCCACCAGCGCCGUCUGUUGCUGGCAGCGACGCCAGCGACCAAACGAGCAGCGCGUCCGACAGCAGCAUGACAACGCAGACAACGAGCAUGACCGCAGGCGAUAUUGCCGCUGCCGCUGCCGGCAUGCUUCGACGCCGCGAGCAGCAGCAGCAACAACAGCAACGGGCAAACCAGACUGGUGUUGACUCAGUUGUGCGCUUGAAGCAGCAGUCGGCGGCAACAACUGCAUCUUCUUCUUCGUCGUCCUUGGCGCCGUCCACAACCGCAGCGGCCCCGCGUGGCGUGAUUGAAGACCUCAAGCAGCGCCUGGCCGAGCGCGGGUCAAAGCCUGGCAAGAAGCUGUCGCUCGUUCCACCUGUCGUGACAUCGCCGCGCCCGUCCUUGUGCUCGGAUGGAACAAGCAACGUGCAGGCUGUUCGCGCCAUGUUUGAGCAGCGACAGAAGGAGCACGAACUUCAGCCACUCAAGCCGCCAGCAGCAACGCGUUCGAGCAAGGAUUCUGCCACUCCUGCCGAUACACCCUCAUCACCGUCUGGAGUGGCAACGGCCAAGUCCAGCAUCUCUGCGUCGCCUGCAGAUGGCAGUGUGGGCGCCAAGGCAACAGCGCGUGCGAGCGAACCUGUUGCGCUGGUGCGCAAGUCAAGCUACGAGCGCAUGGUCGACGCGAAGACGCCACGCAUGAGUCUCGUGGCAAACCGCCCCUCCAUCACCAUUGGUCAUCCAACGGCAGGAGCAUCCUCAUCCACAGACACAUCAACAGCGGCACAGCCGGCGACAGCAGCCAGCGACCAAAUGGCACCGCCACCCACCAACAGCAGCAACACCACCACAACGGCAAUUGCUGCGGCAAAGCCACCACCUUCGCCAUCCAGGGUGACAACCUUCAGCAGUAAUCCGCGCACACCUCCGCGGCCUGCGCCCAAGCCAUCACGUGGUUCUGAUGCACUUGACCCCCUCGCACAGACACAUGACGAGGGUAGCGCCCCACCGGACUCCCCCAGCAAGUGGCGCCGUUUCCUGAGCCGAAGAAAGGAUCGGGGCGGCUCAGAUAGCAGCAGCAACAGCAGUGGCAGUGGCGAGAAGGACGUGGGUGGCCAGAGCAGCGAGCUUGUCCUGCCACUCAGGGAGUUGCAAACGACACAUCACAGCAAGCUGAAGCGCCUUGGCAUCGACCUCGCCUGCAAGGAGCGAUACUUGAGCGACGAUGUCUUCGUGCAAGUAUUCGGAUGCACCAAGGUCGAGUUUCAGGCACUACCACUCUGGCGCCAGCAACAGAAAAAGAAACUCGCCCUCCUCUUCUGAGCUGCAACGGCAGUGAUUGCCAACCCCCCUCCCCCAAAACACAACAGCCCAUGCGUACCCCCCCCCCCUCCCCAAUGCGC